AUGCGAAGUCUAGUGUGCAUAUCACUCAUUCUAGUGGGGCUGAUAGUGAUUCCCACUUUUACUACCCGUGGUGCAGAUGAUACCCAAGUGCAUCCGAGUAUAAGUUUCAGAUUCGACGGCUUCGAGCAAACGGACAGGCUCAUUCUGCUGGGCAGAGCUAGUCAAGUCCAAUCCAAGUCUGCGAUCCUGCUAACUAACUGUAGUGAGAACUCAGAGGGGCGGAUGCUGUUUUCGACCCGGGUGAAAAUGAAGCCGAGCAAAAGCAAUGACACAGUUUUCUCCUUCAGUACCACAUUCGUUUUCUCUCUAUUUCACCCGCCGAAUAAGGAAGGUAGCGGGGAUGGGAUAGCCUUCGUGAUGACGCCAUCUCCGACUCUGUCGAGAGACAUUAUCAACAAUUACAUCAGUCUCCUCAACUUCACCACAAAGGGCAAUGGCCACAAUCAUCUCUUCGCCGUAGAAGUGGAGACAUUUGAGGACGUGGAAUUCCCGAACCCCGACGCCAAAUAUCUCUCCCUCGACAGUCUCACAGAGAAUUCGAAUGGCACCAAAUUUGAUCCCCUUAACCUCAGCAGGGGAGCCAAUAUCCAGGUCUGGAUCGAUUACGAUCACCCCAAAAACAAACUUGACGUAGCCAUUACAUACGCCGGGUGGCCCCAUCCAAACAGGCCGAUCUUCUCUCGAAACAUAGAUUUGUCGACCGCCUUUACAGAGAAAAUGUAUGUUGGGUUCAGUGCCGCCACGGGGUCCCUCGCGGAAGGCCACUAUGUUCUUGCAUGGAGCUUCAGGACUAACGGUCCGGCACCGUCCCUGGAUCUCACCGUUCUCCCGUCCUUUACAAGCCAUGAUUCCGAGCGGAAAACCGUGGGCAAGACCCUUACAAUCAUAGCUGCGGCUUCCGCUGGUCUGUUUGCAUUUACCCUGGCGAUAGUAUGGACGUGUUUCAGACAGAAAAGAUACAAGGAACAAGAGAUGGAAGAUUGGGAGUUGGAGUAUUGGCCGCAUAGAUUCUCCUACAAGGAGCUCACCGUUGCCACCAAGGGGUUCAGCGAACAAGAGGUGUUGGGCCUCGGGGGCUUCGGAAGAGUUUACCGAGGUGUUCUCCCAAGCAGCGGCAUGAACGUCGCCGUCAAAUGCAUUACGCGGGAGUUCACUGAAGGAAUGAAGGGCUUCGUGGCGGAGAUAACGAGCAUGGGGCGGCUGCAGCACAGGAAUCUGGUGCAGCUGCGUGGUUGGUGCAGGCGAGACAAGCAGCUCUUCAUCGUCUACGACUACAUGCCCAACGGCAGCCUCGAGAAGCUCAUCUUCGAUAACCCGAGUACCGUGCUCGCAUGGUCCCACAGAUACAAUAUUCUCAAGGGGGUCUCCGCCGGGUUGCUGUACCUGCACGAGCAAUGGGAGAAACGGGUGGUGCACCGAGACAUCAAAUCGAGCAAUGUGUUGUUGGACUCGGAGUUCAAUGGGAGACUGGGGGAUUUCGGGUUGGCAAAAUUGUACGACCAUAGUGAGAACCCGCAGACAACUCAUGUGGUGGGGACGCUGGGGUAUAUAGCACCGGAGCUCAUUCAGACGGGGAAGGCUACGCCCAGCUCGGAUGUGUUUAGCUUCGGUGUUCUGCUCUUGGAGGUUGCCUGCGGAAGGAGGCCCGUCGAUCCUUCCCUGGAGGCUGACAGGGUGGUCGUUGUCGAAUGGGUGUGCGACCUUUAUACCAAAGAUAGGCUGCUUGAUGCAGCUGAUCCCAAGCUAUGUGGGGAAUAUGAUAAGGAAGAGAUGGAAAGAGUGCUCAAAUUGGGACUGUGUUGUUCGCACCCGGAGGCCGAAAUGAGGCUCAGCAUACGACACGUGUGGCAGAUUCUUCAGGGGGAAGUUUCUUUCCCUUCUCCCCAGAUGCCUACGAUUGAUGGAACUGUAACUAUCCCCAGAGGAUUAGUCGGUUCCCAUUCCUGGAGUCUCUUUUCCCAUGCCAGUUCUAGAGCUUGCCAUUGCCAUGAGGUUCUUGGAAAAAGCAUAAACAGCUCCAAGUCCAGACCAAACUCCACAUCGCUUGACUCUUUUCGUGCUCAUAGUUCUUGUGAGUCAAUCAGCUUCAGCAUUUAG